AUGCCGUCCCCCAGCCAUGAGGCUCCACCGGCGAAGGNCUUGGAUAAAACAAUAUGGAUGCAAAUAACGAAUCAUUUGCACUCGUGUGGUUGGCCCCGCAGGUCAUGGCAACAAGUUCGUUCUAAAGGUCAAGAGUUAGUUCGGAGAAUGGAAGAAGAACAGAAUAAGGCGGAGGUGAAUUCGGGUCAGCCUCCAUCUGAUGAUUCACAAGACACCGUUGGCAACCAUCCUGGGGCUCCGAGGCCGACUCGUGUUGAAAAUGCAGACCAGAUGCGACUUAUUGCACCAAAAGUUCAGAACAAUACCCUUCCGACCCUUACUCCUGCACCCACCGUCCCAAAUUCAUCCGAUGCAAUUUUCCAGGCCGGUUGUAUGGGGCCGUUUCUGCAGACACAAUCCUUGCCGAACCCAAUCAGCGCGGUCAGUGAUGCCAGUCGCGUCCCUCUUCAAGUUUUGCCUCACCCGUCAUGUGCAAAUAUGCCCAUUAAAACUCUUGGUCAGUUAUUGGCCGCGCAUGGUCAAGAAAACCAGAUGCCGAUGUCAGCUUGCAUGUUUCACCAUCCGGCGAUGGAUGUAUCUUGCAUUCCUGUUAUCCCGAUGUCCAGUGCAAGGAUGCCUCACCCAGCUUCUGCCGGAUUUCUUCCGGAUUCGAUAGUUGCCUCCACUCACACUGCCAUUUCGGAACCACAGACGACAUCUUUAAAUUCCAACUCUACCGUACCGUCUCCGAUGCCACCAACACCCUUGUCAUCAAUCCCAAUGCCCUUGCAAUUGCCCCCGCUGUCAUCCUGUUUCCCGCCUACUGCGUUCACGCCAUCUGCACCUCUCGAGAACUCUGAAUACUCAAAGCGCAUGCGCAUUCUUGCACUGAAAACGGAGGUGCUACAGCUGAAAAGAGCCUAUUGGAUUCGCAAAUUGAAAUCUGUUUGA